AUGGAAGAUCUGAACCAGAAGGCUACUGCAAAAGAAGACCAGGUGACCACAACAAUAGCUAAUGAGGAGGCACUGAAGCAGAAAGAAGCUGAUGAAUUUCCUAACCCAAACGUGACGAUGAAUCUUGAUAACGUGCCGAAGAAGGCAGCAAUCACUGAACUGAGAAGUGAAUUUGUUGGUUUCCCCCCUAAACAUAGGAGAGACAGGAAGAAUGAUCAAGCUGCCAGGGAAGCAGCCCCAGUGUAUCUGAAUGUGUACGACUUGGCACCGACGAUUAAUGGUUACGUCUACUGGGCUGGUCUAGGUGCCUUUCACUCGGGCGUUGAAGUGCAAGGGGUAGAGUAUGCCGAUGGGAAGCACGACAAGCCAACAAGUAGGGUGUUCGAAGUCGAGCCAAGGCAGCAUCUCAGGUACAAGUUCAUGAGGUUGAUAUUCGUAGGGACGACGACAUUGGAACCUAAGCAGGUGAGGGAGGCAAGUAGCUGCAGAGAGCUUCUAUGGGAAGGCCUAUGA